AUGAUUCAAGAGGUCACUGGAAGCAGGAAUAUUUCCUUCCUGUCUGCUGGAUUCUCUGGUAUGCCUCACAUGAGAUACUUUUAUUUAUUCCUCUUAAUUGCCUACUUUAUUUCUUUUCUAGGAAACACCUGUCUCAUGUUUAUUAUCAUUACGGACAGAAAUCUUCACACUCCUAAAUAUAUCUCUGUCUUUAAUUUAUCAUUGAUAGACAUUUGUGAGAGUAAAAUCCCUCAGCAACUGGAUGCAGUUUUGUUUGGGAAUCAGUUGAUCCUGUAUGGAUUGUGCUUGUAUUACAUACUCUCCAAUGUGUUAUUUGUUUUAGUUCAUUCCCUAACUCUCACUGUUCUGUCUUUUGACAGAUUAGUAGCUAUUUGUUUACCACUGAGGUAUCAUGUGAUUGUAACCAACAGAUCAAUGCUUGUUAUAAUUGCUGCUUUGUGGAUGCUAGCACUAAUGCACACAAACAUGAGCAGACUUUCAUUUUGCAGAACUAGUGUCAUAAUCAUUCAUUUCUGUGAUCUCGGGUCAAAUGUCCCAAGCUGUGUCAGUGUUCUGUUUCAGGUGAUCAUUAUGUUUCCAGUUUUUUAUAUUAUCUUUUCAUAUACAUGCAUAGCUGUAACAUUGUUCACAACCCCACAUGACCAUCAAAGAGCCACAAAGACACGCACUGCUCAUUUAAUAGUAGUGGCUGUAUUUGAUGUGCCCAUCUGCCUAACAAAUGUCUUUCAUGUCCUUUUAAGCACCAAUACUAUAAUUAUUCUUACUUUGACAUCUAUGCUUUCUUCAGUGCUUAACCUUUUCAUGACAAAGGACUUGAUGUCUGUGAAAAUGCUUAUCAAAAAAGAAUAA